AUGGCUCCACCAUUUCAAUUCCGAGGGAAUGGUCCCCAAAAUGACCGGAAUGACCGAUACGAUCGUGCUAGAGGACCAAGGGAUAACCGGCGCCCUCCUCGCAGACCUGAGUUUACUUUUCGCGCCCCGCGGCCUACUGCCGAACGGCCGCUUUUAAGCACCAAGCGAGAGACAACACCGGAGCAGUUGCAAGCCGAGGAGACCAGCGACAAGCCUGCACCUAAAUUCGCUGCUCUUGAUACACUUAGUGACAGCGAGGAAGCUGAAAUGGAUUUCUCUGAUGACUCUGAUGAAGAGGCACGGCCCCGUAAGAGACGCGCCUUAGGUUCCGAUGGCCAAACCGAUUCUUCAGUCUUACUUCUUCCCCCAACACCCACGCCCAAAUGGUCCAACCCAGACCCUUACACUGUGCUCCCGCCACCAGAUGAAACUCAACACAAACGAGUAGACGUGGUCAAAUUGAUUCGCAAAGCUAGGCUCGCCAACGCGGCCCCGUCCAAGCAGAACGACGCGGUCGUUGAUAAUCAGGACUUCAUAUCUCUUGGCAUGGUUGACCCAUCAAGCGGUGCGGGGUCAAAGGAGUCAGAGGACUCUGAAAACAAGGCUCCUGACAAUGCGCCCAAGGGCCCCAGAGGCAUGGAGAUCAAAGGAACUGCGACAAAACGCACGCGCGAUGAGCAACAGCCCAAAGGAUAUUCACCAAAACUCGGCAAGCCUCAGCGGAGAUACAACUCAGACGCUUCCAUUCUACAUGACUGGAGGCCAAUGCCUGGCCAGAACCCCUCGCCUUGGUUGGUGGACACUGUUCCACACUUGAACCCAGCAUCAAGAUUGCAUAACGAAAUAGUCGCUUUUUACAAUUGGGUCAGGCCUCACAAGUACGAACAGUAUGUCAGAACUGAUCUGAUUUCACGCUUGGAGACCGCAUUUCAGAAACGCUACGGGAAAGUGCAAGUACUUCCAUUUGGAUCAUUUGCUUCGGGAUUGUAUCUUCCCGUAGCUGACAUUGAUCUGGUGCUGUUGUCGACAGCCUUUCAGGAACGGGGCAACAAAUUUUAUGGCGAGCGGAAGGGACAAAUUUACGCAUUUUCUGCCUUCGUGAGAGACUUGAAUAUCGCGAUCCCUGGAUCCAUUGAAACCAUUGCUCAUGCCAGAGUGCCCAUUCUCAAAUUUAUUGAUAGAUUGACCGGACUGCGUGUGGAUCUAUCCUUCGACAAUGAUAGUGGUCUUCUUGCCAACCGGACAUUUCAAGACUGGAAAGUGCAGUUUCCGGUAAUGCCGGUCAUUGUCUCCGUGAUCAAACAGUUCUUACUUCUCCGAGGGUUGAACGAGGUGGCCACUGGUGGACUUGGUGGGUUUUCAAUCACUUGUCUUGUGUCAAGUCUUCUCCAACACAUGCCGAAGAAUGACCAACAGAACGUUGGUCAAGUUCUACUCGAGUUCUUCAACUUUUAUGGGAACCGAUUUAGCUAUCGGGAUGUCGGAAUUCGGAUGGAUCCGCCCGGAUACACCAACAAGUAUUUCGGCACCAGGGACCGCCUGAUGAUUGAAGAUCCUAACAACUCGUCUAAUGAUAUUUCUGGUGGCACUAGGGAGAUAGGACUGAUUUUCCGUGCGUUCUCAGAUGCACACCGCGCCUUAAAAUCUCGUCUAGAAUCGGCCAAAGAUGGCUCUAAGGCGAGCAUGCUGGACGCUAUUAUUGCGGCAAACUUCGACGAGUACGCCGACCAGCGACGCCAGCUGCGCUAUGUCUAUGACACUGCGGACCAAUUUGCCAAGUACCGAAAUGUUCCCCCGCCUCCUCCGUUGGUUCCAGAAGAUCCUGCUCCUCCACCACCACCGAGUUCCCCAUAA